GUUGUUUGAUCUGGCAAACUUGAUGGAUCGCAUUUCAAUGAACCUUCGAUGCUAGUGAAGGGCGUAUGGUGGCCAUCAUACUUUAAAAUCCACUUUCGUACGAUCUCAACGAAAUUGAUACGCCGACGCAUGGUCCAAGGAGCUGGAACGGACAUCAUGACCCAGCUUGAUUAUCGAGGAAAGCUGGUGCUAGCCCCAAUGGUUCGAGUUGGCACUCUUCCCAUGCGACUAUUGGCGCUUCAGUAUGGUGCAGAUAUGGUUUACAGUCCGGAGACCGUGGACAAGCGGCUGAUAAAAUCCAAACGUGUCGUAAACGAUAUUCUAGGCACAGUCGACUUUGUUAGUACUGAUAGUGGAACGCUGACGCUACGGAUUCAUCCGUCAGAGAUGGAUCGGUUGGUUGUACAGCUGGGAACUGGGGAUCCCGACUUGGCGGUGCAAGCAGCGAGACUUGUGGAAAAAGAUGUCGCUGGAAUUGACGUUAAUUGCGGAUGUCCCAAACGGUUUUCAUUAGUGUCGAGCAUGGGAGCGGCGCUUCUCAGUGACCCAGAUCGCCUGAUUGCGAUCUUGUCAAAGCUUGUCGCAGAGAUUUCACUGCCAAUCACAUGUAAAAUUCGCAUGUUGCCAGCAAGCGAGUCGCAGACAGCUAUAGAGAGGACGAUCGACCUCAUGAAAAGAAUCGAGAAAACCGGUGUAAAGGCAAUUGGUGUUCAUUGUCGAUUCAAGGACGAGCGGCCGCAGGAUCCAGGCCAUUGGGAGAUAUUUGAACCCAUCGCGAACGCUGUACAAGUACCCGUCAUUGCGAAUGGCGACAUCUUCAGUUUGUCCGACGUGCGAAAAUUACAAGCAUCAUCAGCGAUCCACUCAUUCAUGCUCGCUCGUGCACCCCAAUACAAUGUAUCCGUUUUCAGGCGAGAGGGCCUACUUCCCAUUCGCACUAUAAUGGAAGAGUACGCGCGAACCGCUAUUCAAUAUGAUAUGCCCUUUCAUAAUGCAAAAUAUUGUCUAUUACUAAUGUGGCCAUCAUCGAUGGGGAAGCAAUAUAGAGAAACAUUAGCGAAAACUAAAACCUAUAAAGAUUUGUGCCACCACCUCGGUCUGGCAGAAUUCUACGAUGAUACUAUCCGAAAGCGAGAAAAGCAGACUGCAAUCCUUCGGCAAUCGAACCCUAUAGUAACGCAAGAGACUGGGGAACUCGGAUCAGAAUGUCCAUAUAUUCCCGAAACGCCGGACCACGCAGUCGUUAUGCGACAAUCCACCUCUGCUACCACCUCUUAGCUGUCGAUUUCUUUGCACCUAGGCGAGACUGAAUAACUUAUUUAUUUCAUUUACAAAUCGAAUAGACAUUUCGCGUGCUGUGUCCAUUCGGUGUGCCACCGUCUUUUCUGGAAUUCAAUUGUCCCUGCCCGCAGACGCUCCAGAGAUUCAGGAGAGU